AUGCGCAUAAGAACCAUAGUCACUGAUAUAGCUCAGCGAGUCGCGAAGCUGAAGAGCUUAUGGAGAUUGGGUCCCAAGGCACUGAACCGCAACUCCGCACCGAAAAACCCGGUGUUGGUUGACCCCCCACUCUGUGAACCGACGAAAUCAAACGGGUUGUUGCCGCUGGAUGCUGGCGGAUAUAUUUUCUUGCUUACAGAUGCAUCGCGCCACAACCGAUUCAAAGGGCUGAAAGUGAUUAACUUUAAGUUCACCAACAAAGUACUUCAGAACGAAGUCGACGAGGCGUUCCUUAGUCUACAUAUCCAGGAGUUAGAAGCUAGAAAUAAUGUAACUUUAGUCGAAGACCACUACACUGUAAACAUACAAGUCAAUAGAGUUACCAGAAACAGUCAAGGGAAAGCAUCUGUGACAUACGCAGAUAGUCCUGUGAAGUUGUCAAGAAAAGAUUUGAAAGUUGGGAAAUGGUUGAAGGUGAAUGUGACCAAUAUGGUUGCGGAGUUCUUUAGGUUGCCGAGGGAAAACCUGGCGAUAGUAGUGAGAAUACAAGACUCGAAGAAUAGAUUGAGCUUAGUGGUGCCGCAUCCUAGCUCAGAAUCAAAUAACGCUUUGAUGCCAUAUAUAGAAGUAAGUCUGAGAGAUAAUUCGCACAAAAGAACGCGGCGAAUGAUCGGUAUGGAUUGUACGGAGAAUUUGAAAGAGGUCCGAUGUUGUCGGUACCCUCUGUCGGUGAACUUUGAAGAGUUUGGGUGGGAUUGGAUAAUCGCACCAAAGCAGUACGACGCUAAUUACUGCAGCGGCGAAUGUCCUUACAGCUUCUUACAAAAGUAUCCUCACACCCACUUGGUGCAUUUAGCAGCACCCCAGGGCAACGGAGGGCCUUGUUGUGCUCCCAGGAAAAUGAGCAGCAUAUCAAUGCUCUACUUCGAUCACGAUCUUAAUAUCAUUUACGGGACUAUACCCGGAAUGGUCGUCGAAAGUUGCGGGUGUUCAUAGCAACUGCCGGUUUCCAGCUCCUAUCUGUCUCCUUUAUUUGGACGUUUGAAGAAUUCAUUUCUUUUGAUCAUCUAUGUAAUUUCUUUGUAUUUUAAUUGAAUGGGGCUUUAAGUGUAGUGUCGUUUCUAUUGUGAUACAUUUGGUUGAAGACUGCGAACCCUUGUGCUGUGUGCUGUGAGUGUGACAAUGUACAUUGUUUUAUACUGUAGUACAUCUAGUUUAAAAUGCAUUUCAUAGUUCAUGGUUUUGGAUUUAUUCCGGAUUAUAUUACGUUCAGUUCACGUUUGUUCUGCCAUAGAAACUCGGUUUAAAUCUAAAAUUUCAAUAUGACGUGACAUUACGAGUAUAAAAUCUACUUAUAAAUAAAAUAUUGUACGUAUGUUUAUGUGUGGUCUAUUAAUUAUUUAUAUACUUUCUAUGUACUUUAUAGAAUACUUUAGAUUAUAUGUUAUGUCUCCAAGUUUAUUUUAAGUUUGGACAAUUUUAAGUUUAUUAAAAAUUUGCAAUGUUUUAUGAAUCCUUGAUAAAAUUUUCGUUACAUUUCUUGUAUAAUGGCAUUUAUUUUCAAAAAUAGAUCUUAAUUUCUAGUUUAUAAGGUAUUUUCUCAAUUGUAAGUAGCCAAAAAAUUUAUUAUGGGCACAAUAUUUCCUAUUGGCAGAUUUAAUGUAUUCCUUUCCAUUGGAGAUUUCCUAAUUAAGAAAGAAAAGAAACCUUUUGUAAAAGCUAUUUGGCACAUCAAUGUAUACCAUUUGCAUAUUUAUAUAAAUACUGUAAAGGCUUUAAAAUGCCAUGUUUUUUAACUAACGUUCAUUUUAAUUACGAAUAUUAUUUUUUUUACUAUUUUUUUCACAUAUAUCCCCCGGUUUAAAAAUAAAUAUGGGCAAUAAAAUUCGAUGAACGAAUGACACCGUUAUGUUUUUUGUGCGCAACCUUUCAACCUGCGCGCCUUUCACCGUGCGCUGCCCCGCAACAUACAACUAUUUAGUAGAAACUCUAGGACUUUUUUAUGAUUGACGAAUGUUGGUAUGAUUAAGAUGCUUUUAGGUGUAUCAAUAAAAGCAAUGCUUUAAUCAAUAGUGUUGAACUGCCAAGAAAAUAAACAAUAGAAAAUGUAAAUUAAAUGCACACAAUGGACCUUUAUAUGUUUGAGGUCUGCCCUUGGUUGGAGAGGUUUACGAACCGAUACAAUAUCGUUAUUGUUAUAUGCAAAAAAGGUUAAGUGUGUUUAACAUAAAUACAAAAGCUUUUGCCCUUUCUGAAACUUAGUCCCAAAAAGUAGCGCGGUAUAUUAACGCUAUAAAUAGAGGUAACUUGAUUUUUUUUAAAUGUUUUUUUUAUUUUUUUUUUUUAAAUUUUUUUUAAUCACAUUUUUUUUAUUAAGAAAUAAAACUUAAAUGUCUCUUUUGAAAGAAGAAAUACUUAUUUGUAGACAGGUGAAAAGUUUAUCAAAACACAGGAAAAUUAUUAACUAAUGUACCUAAGGGAAGAAGAGAAAUGUUUUUUUGCGUUUUUUAAGAGAAACACUUUAUUACUAUUUACUUACUCGCAUCUUAUUGCACCUUUCUUAUUACCCGACUACGGCGAAGCCAAAAAUCAGUCUAUGUAACAUGUAUGUUUGUUUGUAUGAUCUACCGUAGCGCCUAAAGUACAGAACCGAUUUUAAUGAAUGAGAUGUCAGGACUCAGGUGUCUAAAGAUUCGUAAUGGCCUGGGUGACAUAAUAUAGGCUAUAUUAUUUAUUUUUUGCUAUUUAUUUAUCUGUCUACAAAAUAAGAUGGUUGAAUUUUAUAACAAUAAAUUUCUGUGUAACAUUCACUUAAAACAUUCACCUUUUAGGUUUGAUUUAUAUAAAUAUUUAUGUAUUUGAGAAUAUGAAAAUAUUGUGCCUGUUCCAAAUUCUAUUAUAGUGUUUCCAAUUCGUACCUACCUUCAGAAAAAUAUAAACUUUUUCAAAAUGGUCGUCGACGGUCAGUACAGUAUGUAGAAAAAAAUAUCUACCGUGAUGUUAGAAGAAAAUAGAGGUAGAUAGGUUAUAUAAACCACAUUCGAUGUUUACAACUGGCACCCAAAAGUUAUUUCAACGGCGUUGUCAACGGAUGACAGUGUAGCGACUGAGCUUCUGUUUGCUUAUUAGCAUAGUUUUAACGUGCCAUAUAAUUUAUCUACCUCUUUUUUCUUCUAACAUCAUUGUUGGUGUACUAUCGAGUUGGUUUCACUAUAAUAAUUAAAAAUAUAACUUUUUCAUGUUAGGUCAAUUUAGAAAAUUGAUAUAACGCAGCGAAAUUUACCAUCAAAACCUUAAUUUUAAGUAGAUAGGUAGUCUAUGUAAUUUCAAUGUAUUUUUCUAAAUAGUAAUUUACUCGUGUUGGUAGUUUCUCUCGACAAUCGUUUAGAUCUCGUUCAAAAUUAUAUUUUUUUAUAAAAUUAAAAUGGAUUUUACUAGAAUUAGCGGGUGGUGCUUAAAUGUAGGGAUUUUAAAAACAAUUUUAUAACCAUUCAUGGCCUGCCCAUUUUUUUUUAAAGAAACGUAUUAUGUUGAAGGUUGAGAUGGAGGAUUUUUUUUUAUAUAUUUUCGUUUGUAAGUGUAAAAAAGUGUUGGACUUAGAGUUUUCAAAAUUUAGAUCUCAUUUUGACGCGGCUGUUGGCCACAGUCGUCUCUCAAAGAUCUCCCGUUUGCUUUUGAGAUUUUUUUUGGAUUGCGAUAUAAAAAGAAUGUUUCUAUACAAACAUUGUAGUGUUAAGAUGAAUUGUUCUCUAACUGAUAUUGAAUAUUGAAUAUUGUCAAAAUUUAACUAACAGUUUUGUGUCAUAAGAUUUAUGAAAUAAAUUUUCAAACCAUAUACAAAA